GACAGACUGGAUGUAUUCUUUAGCAACAGUGUUUUCAGGGUCAUCGUGAUUCGAAUAGGAAAAGUUGUUGUUGGUGGAGAUCAGUGAAAGGGAUUUUUUCUGGAUUCCUUCUUCCAGGUAUUAACAGGUAACCUGAAGUGACAAUAUGGCGGAGAACGGUGGCACGACGAGCUAUGGAGUAACAGACUUUCGGGAGAUGUACAAACUCGUGGAUACGAAUGACACAAAGCGAAGUCAUUCACCAGACCGGAAAGGAGUAUCGUUUCUGAACAAGAGCGGCAAAGCAGAGACGAACUAUUCAGUGAAUAAGAAAUCACCUCUGGACGUGGCCUUAACGGAUUUUUCAGAUUCUACUACACUGCACGGCCUGCGCUACAUCGCAAUGAGUGACGCAUUUAUACUUCGGCGGUUGGUGUGGUUUCUGCUUGUCCUAGUGUGUUCUGGCGUGAUGACCUUCCAGAUCGUAGACAGGAUAAUGUAUUACUACGAAAACCCGGUUAAUGUUAACGUCAGGGUCAACUACAACCAAUCGCUGUACUUUCCCGCUGUCACACUCUGUAACCAAAACGCUUUUAGGGCCACAGCUGCGACAAAGCGGGACUGGUACCGUCUGAUUGAGUCCGUAUACAAGAAAUCCCUCUACAGUUUCAAUGUAUCCGAGCUAGAGACUUACAACGUCUCUCAAGUGGCCAUCAGUGACUUGUUUUGGUUUACGGGACAUCAGAAGAGUAACCUUAUUGUAAAAUGUUCCUGGGGUGAUAUACCUUGUGGCCCAGAAAAUUUUACGGCUGUAUUAACAGAUCACGGACUUUGCUACUCUUUCAACUAUGAUACGGACCCUUCUUCAGUUCUGGUUACUUCCUCUUCCGGGUCUGAUGCAGGUCUCCGACUGCUGUUAAAUGUUGAACAGUAUGAGUACAUGCCCGGUCCAAGCACCGCAGCAGGUGUUAAGGUCUUACCCCACGGACAGCAAGAUUUAGCUCGGGUUAGGGAACUAGGUAUAUCUGUUCCGACAGGCACACAUGCUUUCAUCGGACUGCAAGUCAUAGCGCUGAAGAACCUACCUCCUCCUCAUGGACAAUGUAGCGAGAAAGGCCUGACCUACUUUGACUAUUAUACAUUCGACUCCUGUCGUCUAGAAUGUUUAAUGACAUACAUUGACAGACAGUGUGGCUGUCGUGACUUCUACAUGCCAAACGUCAAUAAAAGACCGAGAAUGUGUACUUUGAAAGAGUAUUUCAGUUGCUUUUUGCCAGCAAAACAGGAAUAUUUAUUGUCUGUGCAAACCGGAAGACAACAGUGCACAUGCCCCACAUCAUGCCAAUCACUUUUGUUCGACCCAACCUUGUCAUAUGCUACAACUUCCCGUCAUGCAAUGGACAAGAUCCUCGACGAGGUCCUUACGACCAAUGUAACUGAUGACCUGACACAAGCUAGAGAGGUAACCCAGCGCAUGGAAAAGGAAAAAGUUGAGAAGUUCCGAACUGCUGUGUUCGCCGUUAACAAUUCACUUUCUUCAGUUAUAACAUUAAUUCACAAGUACAUGAGAGAACGAAUAUCACAACAAAUUCAAAACCUGGAGAAGGAAUCUGAAAAAAUGUUGAGUGCCUGGCGAGAAAAAGAUGUUCUCUACAGCUAUCAAGCGUACAACGUCAGACGGAACUUUAUAAGAGUCAGGGACGCUAUGGAAGAAAGAACACUGAAUAUCAUCUGUAUUGGGUUCAAUGAGUUUGUCUUUAUUAUUGAGACCUACAUGAGGGAUUUAGUUUCAGAUUCGUUUGAAAAUAAUUUAGACAGAAGAACAAUUCUUUAUACUGUUAUAGUUGCUAAGAUAAGCGAUCGGAUUGAAACAGCCAAGCGGGGUCUUUCUAAUUACACAAGGUUAUACAAUGCAUAUCAAAAUGGGACACCCAUAUUUCGAUACAAGUUUUUAUCAGUGCCAAGAAAACACAAUGUCAUGAUGGUACCAAAGACACUGUUGAAUGAUUCGUUAACUCACAGUUCCUACGCCAGGAAGUAUAGUCCACGUGUUAAGGACGACAUCGAGGCUAUAAUAUAUAGUUUGCUUGAAUACCUUGACUUUCUGAACGAGGUGAUGCAAACAAAAAAAUUGAACAUUACUAGAAUGAACUCAAUCGGCGAAGAAUUUGUUGACGCCUGUGAACAGUUUUAUCACAGCAAAAGUGUCUUUUACUAUGAGAGUAUAGAGAGACCUUUGAGAGUUAUUCUGGCACGACACGACAACUUUAAAAAGGCUAAAACACAAUACAUGACUACAGUUAAGAACAUGAAAGACAACUUGCUACAGUUACAGAAUUCUCUUGAAAACGUAUCAAAUUCAACACUGUACGUGAUAUCGGAUCUCGUCGAUAAGGCUGUUAAUUACUUCAGGAACUCGUCCAUAAAGAAACUCGACGUAGCAAAGACGGCACAAGAGGAAAGGGUACAUACCGCCUCUAUGACACUGAAGAUGUUUUUCCAGGAAGUGAGAAAUCGUGGACAUGCAAUUUACGAUGCCUGGACGUCUUUAAUCCCAAUUGGAACAGCCAUCUGGAAAACUAUUUUAGAAGAUGAGGAAAUGAUGGAAUACUAUAUCUACAGAAAUAUGACUCUCUUCCUUGAAAACAGUACGGAAGUUGUCAGUAGACUUGAGAAUAAUUAUACUUCACACAGGGAUGAUAAUGAUCUACGAUUUAUUGUGGGACUCACAGAUAGUCACUUUCACAAUUCCAUGGAUCGUAUGCAGGACCAUCUCUCUAGCUACGUAACAUCAACCAAAGUGGAUCAUAGUGUAAUCAUGGACAAUUAUCUAGAGCUGGAUAUAUUCUACAGAGAAAUGAAUUACGAAGAGAUACGUCAACAGAAGGCGUAUGAUAUUUUUUCCUUGUUAUGUGAUAUCGGCGGAUCAAUGGGGCUGUUUCUUGGAGCCAGCGUUAUGACUAUGUUUGAAAUAAUGGACCUCUUUCUCAACCAUUCUGCAGAACGAUUACUUAGAACGAACAAAAUGAGAGUGACUCAUUGAACAGAAAUUGUAGAAAAUUUGACGAUGAAGUGUUUUAUUUUUAUUGACGGUUUUGAAUACAUUCCGGAAUGUACAAAGUAUUAAUUAAAUAUGGUAUUUACUGCUGAUAUAGAAA